AUGAGUUCCAAGUUUAUUUCCGAAACUGAAGCUGCUGAGGUUCGUAAGAAACGCCAGGAAGAAUGGGAGAAAGUGAGGAAACCAUCAGAUCCAGUUGAGAGGCCUGAGGAACCCUAUGAUAACAGAAGUUUGUUUGAUAGGCUUCAGGAACAAAAACAGAAAAAAGAUCUGGAAUAUGAAGAAGCUCACAAACUAAAGAACAUGAUCAAAACUCUGGAUGAUGAUGAAGUCGAAUUCUUGGACCUAGUUGAUCGCACAAAAUUAGCAGCAGACAGAAAGAAAGAAAUCGAAGAGGAGCAAGAACUUAAAGAUUUCAGAAAUAGGGUUGCCGUUUUACAAGAAAAAAGCAUUGAAGAAAGACUACAAGCCGAAAUUGUUGUUAACAAUAAGCCAAAGGCUGAUAAACCAAAACAAAAGUUAUUAAAAGGAGUCGUUGUGAAGAAAUCAGAAGGUUUGAAAAGAAAAAUGACCUCCAGCAAUGAAGAAGUAGGACAGGCAAUUAAAGAAAAAUCUAAUGAUUCAGAAAAUAGUGCAAAACAACAAAAAAUUUCAGAAAAUGAUUCAAAGGGUACCACCACCCAGGAAGUCAAAUAUAGGUCUGCUUUAAAAUGUGUUGCAGUGCUACCAGGGUUGGGUUAUUAUGGUGAAACUUCAUCAGAAUCAGAUAGCAGUUCGGAGUCAGAAAUCGACGCUCCGCCCACUAUUGAUAUUUUGGGUAAAAAAAUUGGAAUCCCAAAAAUUAUGGAGAAAUGA